CUCUCAAGAGUGUUUCAACAAAUCAAGGAAUCUUUGAUUUUCAAGAAUGGAUGAACCAGCAGCAUACACUGUAGCAUCCGACAGCGAAACAACAACAACAACAACCGGAGAAGAAGAAAAACCGUCACCUCCGUUCCCGGAGAUCGCAAUCGGAAUCGACAUCGGCACCUUCCAAUCGAACGUUGCCAUCUGGCGAGGCUCCCAAAUUGAACUCCUCAGCAACUCUAUCCGCUCCUACGUCACCUUCAAAGACGAGCUCCCCGCCACCGGCAUAACCACCAGCCACCACACCGCCGGCGGGGACCACCGCGAGUUAUUAUCCGGCGCAGCAAUCUUCAACAUAAAACGUCUGAUCGGCCGUGCCGACACUGACCCUGUUGUCCACGCCAGCAAAACACUCCCGUUCCUCGUCCAAACUCUAAACAUCGGGACCCGACCGUUCGUAGCCGCCUUCGUGAACGACACGUGGCGGUCAACCACCCCUGAAGAAGUCCUUGCAAUAUUUCUUCUUCAAAUUAAGUCAAUGGCUGAAGACCAGCUGAAAAGACCCGUUCGUAGCGUUGUGAUAACCGUUCCCGUUUCGUUCAGCAGAUUCCAACUCACUCGUAUCGAAAGAUCUUGUGCUAUGGCUGGGCUUCAAGUUUUGAGGUUGAUGCCCGAGCCGACAGCUGUCGCCUUGCUAUACGCUCAGCAGCAGCAGAUAAAUCUGCAAGAGAAUAUGGGAAGUGGGAGUGAGAAAGUCGCGUUGAUAGUCAAUAUGGGGGCUGGAUUUACUGAUGUAGCUAUCACCGCCACUGCAGGUGGUGUUUCUCAGAUCAAAGCCUUGGCGGGAAAUUGUUUGGGCGGCGAGGAUAUACUUCUCAACACGAUGCGCCACCUGUCACCCGACAUGGAGGCUCGUUUUUCUAACCGUGGGCGCCACGAGAUAAGGGAGAUGGGGUUGCUUCGAUUGGUCACGCAGGAUUCAAUCCACAAACUCUCCUCACAAACGAAUGUUCGAAUUGAUGUCGAUUUGGGAAAUGGGAGGAAAGUAAGCAAAAUUCUUGAAAGGGAAGAAUUUGAGGAAGUGAAUAAAGACAUCUUUGACGAAUGCGCGAGGCUAAUACGACAAUGCUUACGCGAUGCAAGAGUUGAAGCAGACGAUUUGAAUGAUGUGAUUCUUGUCGGUGGAUGCUCGAAUAUUCCGAAGCUGCGAAAUAUUAUUACAGGUGUUUGUAAGAGAGAAUUGUAUACGGGUAUCGACCCGUUUGAGGCGGCGGUUCGUGGGGCGGCAUUGGAAGGGGCGGUAGCUUCAGGAAUCAACGACCCGUUCGGAAGUUUGGAUCUUUUAACGAUCCAAGCAACUCCAUUAAGCAUCGGAAUAAGAGCAGAUGGAAACACUUUUAUACAUAUCAUAAAUCGAAACACAACAGUGCCUGUUAAAAGAGAAAUGAUUUUCACAACGGUGCACGAUAACCAAUCCGAGGCUUUGAUAGUUGUCUACGAGGGUAACGAGGAGGUGGCUGAAAAGAACCAUCUUUUGGGAUUCUUCAAAAUUACAGGAAUACCCUCGGCUCCAAAGGGCGUCCCGGAAAUUAAUGUGUGUUUCGAUAUCGAUGCUUCGAAUGUUUUAAGAGCUUUUGCGGGGGUCGUUAUGCAUGGGGCCGAAAAUGUUGGCCCCUCGUUUAUGGAGGUGAGGAUGCCUACGGUAGAUGAUGGGCAUGGUUGGUGUGGUGAGGCUCUUAAUCGGGCUUUUGGGUCGAGUUUGGAUUUGGCCACGGCAAAAAAGAAAACCGGGCAUUGAGGUAAAAUAAUGUGGAGUUUACUUAUAUGCUUUUUUUGUGUAGUUUGUUGAGUAAAGAUUUUUUUUUUUUGUUUAAUAAAUCUGUUUUGUUGGUGUGAAUCUUGUUUUAAAUGUGUCAUAUAUCUUUAGGAGGUGAUGAUUUGUGGCUGCAAUACAGUGCUUAUGCUCCUAGGUAUGUUAAUUAUCAGAGUUUGUUACCUUAUGUUCAAUAGUAUGUUGUUAUACUAAUAAAUUGAUUAUAUUUUUGAAAU